AUGGCUCCUGUCGCCUGCGUCGCGAUCUUCUCACUCGCACUGGCCUCGCUAUCGCCGGCCGGAGCCAUCGACACCCCCGGCAACAACAACAACAACGACAACGGCGUCACCGUCGCGGCCCCCAGACACGUACCGGCGGCGGCGCAGUUCCUGCAGGUGCACAACGACGCGCGCCGCGCGGUCGGCGUGGCGCCCCUGGCGUGGAACGCGACGCUGGAGCUGGACGCCAAGCGGAAAGCGAAGGCGCUCGGCGUCCAGUGCAAGCUCUCGCCGCCGUUGAAGUGGGACAACGACCGGUUCUACGGGGGGAACACCUUCUGGGGCGGCGGGUUCCAGGACGGGGCCGCCGUGGCGGGCGCGUGGGUGUACGAGCGGCGGUGGUACGACCACCGCGCCGACGCGUGCGCGCCCGGCGAGGAGUGCCGGUCCUACAGACAGGUGGUGUGGAACACCACGACGCAGCUCGGCUGCGCCCGCCGCACCUGCCGGAGCAGCCGCGACACCGUGGGUGUGUGCAGGUACUUCCCUCGGGGGAACUACGCCGGCGUGCCGCCAUACUGA